GGUGAGCGGCCAGGGUGGCAGGCCUCUGUGCAAAUGGACCAUCUGUUGGAGCUCAGGAGGCUGGGCUCCUGCCCAAGGGACUGGGGCCUCAGGCUCUCAGGCCAAGGAGAGUGGCCCCGAGGACAGUACAGAGGAGCGUGGCCAGCCCUGCGGCCCAGCGGGGCUGAGCCAGUGGCAGGGAAGGAGGCGGCAUCCACAUCGGCCUGACUUUCCUCCAACAGAUGUCCCCCUGAGGCUUAGGAGCUCAGGGGAGCUGAGCCAUGCCCUUGUGCUCCCUGGAGGACGCUACCAGAGCCGCCACAUCAUGAACAUCACGCCAAGGGAUACCCAGGCCCUGAGCCACCGUGAGUGCCUCCUGCCCUCUGUGGCUCGCACCCCCUCGGUCACCAAGGUCACUCCAGCCAAGAAGAUUACCUUCCUCAAGCGAGGGGAUCCACAGUUUGCUGGGGUCCGCCUAGCCGUUCACCAGCGCGCCUUUAAGACCUUUAGCGCCCUCAUGGACGAGCUCUCUCAGCGCAUGCCUCUCUCCUUUGGGGUGCGCUCUGUCACCACACCCCGGGGCCUGCACAGCCUCAGUGCCCUGGAGCAGCUGGAAGAUGGUGGCUGCUAUCUAUGCUCUGAUAAGAAGCCCCCCAAGACCCCCAGUGGGCCAGGCUGGCCACAGGGGAGAAGCCCCACUGCUCCACAUUUGCGGGAUAUCAAAGGCCGGCGUGAAGCCCCAGGAACAUCCUCCUCCCGGAAGAGUCUUAAAACUCCCCGGAAGAUACUGUUGGUUAAGAACACAGACCCUCGCCUCCAGCAGACAGUGGUCCUCAGUCACAGGAAUAUGAGAAGCCUGGCUGCCUUUCUCAGCAAAGCCUCAGAUCUGUUGUGCUUUCCUGUGAAGCAGGUGUACACAACCAGCGGGAAAAAGGUGGACUCACUGCAGGCCCUGCUGCACAGCCCCUCCGUGCUGGUAUGCGCCGGGUAUGAGGCCUUCAGACCUCCAGCCAUGGAAAAUGCCAGGAGAAGUGAGGCUGGAACUUUAUCUGGGCUGACUUCAAGAAACAAAAACGGGAGCUGGGGGCCAAAGACCAAGCCGAGCGUGAUCCAUUCACGGUCCCAGUCAGGCAGCAGGCCACAGCUGCCAGAGAGGCCUGGUCCCAGUGACCUGCUGGCGGGCCCUGCUCCUGACAGGCACCCUCAAGACACGCCGGCGCAGCCGGGCCCGCUGGUGGCCGGCGAUGACAUGAAGAAGAAGGUCCGCAUGAACGAGGACGGCAGCCUGUCCGUGGAGAUGAAAGUCCGCUUCCACCUGGUCGGCGAGGACACACUUCUGUGGUCCCGGAGGAUGGGCCGGGCCACCGCCCUCAGCACAGCCGGCGGGGAGGACCCCGUUCUGGGGGAGGUGGACCCUCUCUGCUAUGUGUGGGAGGGCUACCCCUGGGGCUUCUCACAGCCUGGGGUGUGGGGACCCCAGCCCUGCAGGGUGGGAUGCGGGGAAGCCUUUGGCCGAGGUGGGCAUCCAGGGCCCAAGUAUGAAAUCUGGACGAAUCCCCUGCAUGCCUCCCAGGGAGAGAGAGUGGCAGCUCGGAAAAGGUGGGGACUGGCCCAGCAUGUCCGCUGCAGUGGCCUGUGGGACUGCAGGGCUCCCGGGAGGGAGAGAUGCAGCCAGGACAGCGCCAGCCCCGCCUCCAGCACCGGCCACCCCGAGGGCUCAGAGCCAGACUCUUCCUGCUGCCCCAGGAUCCCAGAAGACAGGAUGGACAGUGGCAGCUCCUCUGCCCGGAGAGGGGCCGAGUGGGAAGCUGGCGGGAGGCUGGGUGAGGAGCCCAGCAUGUGCACAGACGGAGCAGGGCUGGGCAGCCCAGAGCAAGGCGGCCGCCUAACAUCCAGGGCCCAGAGUGAGGAGAGGACUUCUUCAGACUCAUCAGCCAGCAGCAGGGAAGGAUCCAGCGAAUGGGGCGGGCGGACCCGGGGCUGCCUGGGCAAGGUAAGGGCUGAGACCUCCCAGCAGGAGGCCACUGAGGGAGGCGUCCUGGGUUCUCCAGCCCUGAGUCUUUCAUCUUUAAGGAGUGAGGACCUGCAGGCGGAGAUGCCAGGACAUGGCACCGAGCACCAGCAGGCCAGCGGUGCAUCUGUGAUGAGGGAGCCUCUGGCUUCGGGCCUUUCCAGCUCCUGGGACUCAGAAGGAGCCUCUUCCACCCCUCCCACCUGCACUUCAGCCCAGCAGAGGCGGAGAAGGCACAAGAGCCGGGCCAGUGCGGUGUCCUCACCCAGCAGCCCUGGCCUUGGCCGAGUGGCCCCAAGAGACUCUCCCAGGCAGUGUCGCUACUGCAGGGGCACCCACAGCCCGCUGGACUCCCCUGCAACCAAGCAAGUGCCGAGGCCUCCUCAGCAGCGAAGGGCCUGCCGGGAUGGCUCAGUGCCACGAUCUUCUGGAAGCUCAUCGAGCUCCAGGACACAAGCCUCCAGGGACCUGAGACCUCCCUCCUCGGGCUCUUUUCCUUCCCAGGACCUUCUGGGAACCAGCAGUGCCACUGUCACCCCUGCAGGCCACCCGGACUGUGCCUCUGGGAUCUCCCCCAACAACGUUCCCUCUGCUGGGUGGGCAGGGGAGGCAGGGUCCAGGACAUGCUCACCGGCCCCCAUGCCGCCUCACACAUCCAACUCCUGCCCAAAAUCUGGGGCGGCCAGCCUGGGGGAUCAGGCCAAGGACACCCCGCAGCCCUCCUUGCCAUUGGUUCUGCAGGUUGAACGGCCUGAGCAAGGGGCAUUAGACCCCCACCAAGGCCACUCCUGCUCACAGACCGGGACACUGUCGGCCCAAGAGGCCCAGUGGGGACCCUCCCUGGAGGCCCGCUGGCUGUGUGGCAGGUACUGUCCCACCCCACCCAGGGGGCGGCCCUGCCCUGAGAGGCGCCCUUCCAGCUGUGCCAGCACCAGCAGCAGCCACCGGAGUGCUGCCUGUGGGCCAGGUGGGAGCCAGCAGGAGGAGGAGACACACCAGGCAGAGCUCACAGCGUCCUCUGGCCCCAGUUCAGGGGCAUCUAGGAGCAGCGGCGCCAGCCAGGGUGUGAGGUGUGGGGUGCUGUCCCAGGAGAAGACCGCUAGUCGGGGAGACCCCCAGGGGCAGGAGGAGGCUAGCGGCAUGUCCCCUGGCACGCUGCCCCGCUCGACUCCAGAGGCGGUGGUCCGAGAAUGGCUGGACAACAUUCCGGAAGAGCCCGUAUUCAUGACAUAUGAGAUGGUGGACGAGACCACAGGUGCAGCGGGGGAUGGCCUGAGAGGCCCUGAGGUGGACCCUGGGGAUGACCAGGCUCUGGGAGGCCUGGUGGAGCCAGCUGACGCCAGACAGCCCCUGGAAGGGGAUGCUGGACAGGACCUAGAGCCAGAGGGAGUCCUCCUGGUGAGUGGUGACGUUGGUCCCCCAUCAGGAGAGGGUAUCCCCCAAGGGGCAUCUCCAGAGGGAGUUUCUGAAGCCCCUGCAGAGGCCGGAGUGGACAGAGGGGCCCCGGUCAGCUGUGGGGUGGGCCUGCGGGCACUUCCUGGCCGGGUGUCUGCCUCCACGCAGAUCAUGAGGGCACUGAUGGGAUCCAAGCACAACCGGCCCAGCAGUGUGCCCGAAGUGUCUCGGCCUUUGGCCAGGAGGCUCAGCCACUCAGCCGGGGCCCUCAUUACCUGUCUGGCCAGCCUCCAGUUCUUUGAUGAGGACUCUGGGUCUCCUGCCAGCAAAGUGAGGUUCAAAGACUCCCCUCGGUACCAGGAGUUGCUCCGCAUCUCGAAGGACCUGUGGCCGGGAUGUGACCUUGGGCAGGACCAGCUGGACUCGGGCCUCUGGGAGCUCACGUGGAGCCAGGCUCUGCCAGACCUUGGGUCCCAUGCUGUGACAGAGAACUUCACGCCCACGUCCUCCUCUGGCGUGGACAUCAGUAGCGGCUCUGGAGGCUCAGGGGAGAGCAGCAUACCCUGUGCCAUGGAUGGCACUCUGGUCCCUGAGGGGACAGAGCUGUCCCUGAAAACCUCAAACCAGAGGUCUGAUUCCAGAACCUCUGAGAACCCAGGGGAUCUGGAAAAGCAACAGCACUGUUGUUCCCCAGCCUGCGCUUGUGCCACCAAGGAGGAGGAAGCAGAAAGAGACAGGGAGGAGCAGAUGGCUGAAAACACAAUGCAAGAAGAGGAGGCGCAGUUAGAGGAAACUAAAGAAGGAACAGAAGGAGAACUGCAAGAAGAGGUGCAGUUAGAGGAAGUGGAAGAAGCAGCAGAAGGAGAAAGGCUUCAAGAAGAGGGGACGCAGUUAGAGGAAACCAAAGAGGAAUCAGAACUGCAAGAAGAGAUGCAGUUAGAGGAAGUGGAAGAAGAAGCAGAAGGAGAAGGGCUUCAAGAAGAGGGGGCGCAGUUAGAGGAAACUAAAGAAGAAACAGGAGGAGGAGAACUGCAAGAAGAGGUGCAGUUCGAGGAAACAAAAGAAGAAACAGAAGAACAGCUGCAAGAAGAGGCACAGCUAGAGGAAGUUAAAGAAGGACCAGAAGGAGGACUGCAAGAAGAGGUUCUUGAAGAAGUUCUCAAAGAGGAAGAGCUUCCAGAAGAAGGACACGUCUGCGGACAGGAAUUGUCAGAGGCCGGCUCUCUGGAUGGGGAAGGCUCCCAGGAAGAGGACGCAGUCCAGGAGGAGGAAGUGGGAAGAGCCUCUGCCUCUGCAGAGCCAUGCCCCCCAGAGGGCACAGAGGAGCCCACGGAGCCCCUUAGUCAUCUCAAUGAGAUGGACCCAAGUGCCAGUGAGAGUCAAAGUGGCUCCCAGCUUGAGCCUGGCUUGGAAAAGCCACCUGGAGCUGCCUGGAUGGGCCAGGAACACACGCGGGCCCCACCUACCCAAGGGGCUGCAGAGAAGAGCUCUUCGGUGGCCUGCAGAGUGGCUCUGGACUGUGACCCCAUCUUGGUGUCUGUGUUGCUAAAGAAGACAGAGAAGGCCUUCCUGGCCCACCUUGCCAGCUCAGUGGCUGAGCUCCGAGCACGCUGGGGCCUGCAGGACAACGAUCUGCUGGACCAGAUGGUGGCCGAGCUGCAGCAGGACGUGGCCCGGCGCCUCCAGAGCAGCACCGAGAGAGAGCUCCAGAAGCUCCAGAGCCGAGCGGAGCGGAUGGUGCUGGGGCCUCCCCGGGAGACCCGCACGGGGGAGCUGCUCCUGCAGACCCAGCAGCGCAGACACCGCCUCUGGGGCCUGCGCAACCUCUCGGCCUUCUCUGAGCGGACGCUGGGCCUGGAGCCCCUCUCCUUCACCCUGGAGGACGAGCCGGCCCUCAGCACAGCCCUGGGCACCCAGCUAGGUGCAGAGGCUGAGGGAGAGGAGUUCUGUCCUUGCGAGGCCUGCGUGAGGAAGAAGGUGAGCCCUACGUCCCCCAAGGACACAAGGGGGGCCACCAGAGGUCCCAUCAGAGAGGCUUUUGACCUGCGGCAGAUUCUGCAGAGGAAGAAGGGAGAACGUACCGAUGGGGAGGCAGCAGAGGUGGUCCCUGGCAGGACCCCCAUGGACCCCAUAAGCACCAGGACUGUCCAGGGAGCUGAUGGGAGGCCAGGGCUGGGGCUGGGCCCAGGGCCUGGAGUGGAUGAGGAAGAGGACAGCGAGGGGAGCCAGAGACUCAACAGAGGCAAAGAUCCCAAACUGGGGGAGGCAGAGCGAGCUGCCGUGGCUCAGGAGAGAGAAGGGAAAACCCACAGCAGCAAAACCAGCGCCAGCAGUGAGCUGGAGGAAGCUGAGCUGGAGGGAGAGGGCGUGGGUGAGAGGGGAGAAACUGGGGACCAGGACUCUGGGCAUGAGGACAACUUGCAGGGUGAAGCUGCGGCAGGAGGUGACCAAGAUCCAAGACAGAGUGAUGGAGCCGAAGGCAUAGAGGCCCUGGAGGCCAAAGAGGAGACUCAGGAGGCAGAAGAGGAGGGCCAAGAGGCAGAAAAAGAGGCCCAGGAAGCAGAAGAGGAGGCCCAGCCAGAGUCAGAAGAUAUAGAGGCCCUGGAGGCCGAAGGGGAGGCCCAGGAGGCAGAAGGGGAGGCCCAACCAGAGUCAGAAGGUGUAGAGGCCCAGGAGGCAGAAGGGGAGGCCCAGCCAGAGUCAGAAGGUGUAGAGGCCGAGGAGGCAGAAGGGGAGGCCCAGCCAGAGUCAGAAGGUGUAGAGGCCCAGGAGGCAGAAGAGGAGGCCCAGGAGGCAGAAGGGGAGGCCCAGCCAGAGUCAGAAGGUGUAGAGGCCCAGGAGGAAGAAGAGGAGGCCCAGGAGGCUGAAGGGGAGGCCCAGCCAGAGUCAGAAGAUGUAGAGGCCCAGGCGGCAGAAGGGGAGGCCCAGCCAGAGUCAGAAGGUAUAGAGGCCCAGGAGGGAGCAGAGGAGGCCCAGGAGGCUGAAGGGGAGGCCCAGCCAGAGUCAGAAGGUGUAGAGGCCCAGGAGGCUGAAGGGGAGGCCCAGCCAGAGUCAGAAGGUGUAGAGGCCCCAGAGGCAGAAGGGGAGGCCCAGCGAAAGUCAAAAGGUAUAGAGGUUCUGGAGGCAGAACAGGAGGCCCAGGAGGCUGAAGAGGAGACCCAGCCAGAGUCAGAAAUUACAGAGGCCCCAGAGGUUGAAGGGGAGACCCAGGAAGCAGAAAGGGAGGCUCAGCCAGAUUCAGAAGGUGUAGAGGCCCUGGAGGCUGAAUGGGAAGCCAAGGAGGCAGAAGGCGUAGAGGCCCCAGAGGCUGAAGGGGAGAUCCAGGAGGCAGAAGGGGAGGCUCAGCCAGAGUCAGAAGGUGUAGAGGCCCUGGAGGCUGAAGGGGAGACCCAGGAGGCUGAAGGGGAGACCCAGGAGGCAGAAGAGGAGGCCCAGCCAGAGUCAGAAAGUGUAGAGACCCAGGAGGCAGAAGAGGAGGCCCAGCCAGAGUCAGAAGGUGUAGAGGCCCUAGAGGCUGAAGGGGAGGCCCAGCCAAAGUCAGAAGGUGUAGAGGUCUCAGAGGCUGAAGGGGAGGCCCAGCCAGAAUCAGAAGGCGUAGAGGCCCCAGAGGCUGAAGGGGAGGCCCAGGAGGCAGAAGAAGAGGCCCAGCCAGAGUCAGAAGGCGUAGAGGCCCCAGAGGCUGAAGGGGAGGCCCAGCCAAAGUCGGAAGGAGAAACUCAAGGUGAGAAAAAAGGGAGCCCUCAGGUCAGUCUAGGAGAUGGCCAUGCAGAGAGGAAGACCAUGAGCAUGUAUCCAGAAAGUUCCACUUCUGAGCAAGAAGAGGUACCUUCAGGCCCAAGGACUCCAGAGCAGGGGGCCAGUGAAGGCUGUGACCUACGAGAUGACCAGGCACUCGGAAGCCUUGCCCCCACUGAGGCGGUGGGCAGGGCAGAUGGCUUUGGCCAAAAUGACUUAGAUUUCUAGACAAGAUCAAGCUGCAAUAUGGUUGUGAGCCUGAGAGAUCGUUUUUAUUCAUAUUUUUUCUGCAAACCUGAGUAACACUCAGUCCACUGGAGACGUGCACAGCAGAUGGACAAAACCAAGGACUUGCUAAGGACACAGCCCAUGCCGUGCUGUCCCGUGAUUCUAAGUGCAGAAGCUUCAGAGAGCUCUGUGGCCUGUCCCACACGCAGUGCAAAUAAAGGGGGCCUGCGCAUCUGCCCCGUUAUCGGAGGUCAGCCUGGCUCCCAUUCCUUUGCCUGUAGAGCCUGAAAGAUGGAACUGAUUGGAAAGAUUCCAGUAUAGCUUCUGUUUGUGGGUUUGUUUUCUGCUAGCAAGUGUUUCUCACUGUCUUUUCCCGAUCGAUCUCCUGUUCCUUUUCUCCUUGGUGUCUGUGGGCACUCACCUCAUUUGACUUUGAGGUGCUUUUUUUCCAGUCUUGAAUGUAUUUGGUGACUCUGCAGAAAUACUUCUGCAAAGCAGAUAACUUCGGAGUCAUUUGAUAAAGUUUGUUCUCAGAACCAAA